AAAAGUAAAAUGGGUCCUGUUUCGAACUUCAACAUGUUGAAAGAAGCUGACAUCAACAACAUCAUUCAUCAGCUGGAAAUAAUUUCGUAUCGGGAAAUGAUCAAGCACUACGAAAACUUCAAAAUGGAAGACACAGAGAAAUGCUGCAAAUACAUGCUAUUGAUCAUUGCUGAGCAAACGCACAAGUGCAUAAUCGAAAAAAUUUCAAAUGCAAAGUUGCCAGAUAUUUACAAACACCUGUUCUUGGGCCAGCAUAAUGUUUUAGCUGAUGAGAUUCCGAAAACAAUUGCUGAUUUUGAUAUCUGCAAGAAAUCCGUCACAACGCUCAUCAACCGAACCAAAAAUUAUACGGACACCACACUGGGUCAACUGGAAGUUUUAAGUGCAGUAGUCCAAGGAAAUCGGAAACAACCCAUUGGAGAUUCCAAACGUUGGACAAGAAAAAUGAUUGUGUCCAUCGAAGCCAUGUUCGUAGAUCUUGUGAAGUUCCUAAAAUUGGGCGAUGACUUGGUCAAGCGUAACACGGCUGCUCUACCACUCUCCUUCGAUAGUUAUGAUGUUCCAGAAUUGCCAGCAUCAUGUGAUUUCGUGUCAUAUCAAAUGCCUCAACAAUUCCACUACUAUACAAAUAUGACAUAUCCAAAUCCUAAUUUGUAUUCUCCGGAUUAUCAAUACCCAUCCCCAACAUAUCAAGGCCUCGCAACUUGUUUCAACAUACCACCAUUUGUGCCGGUUUCAGCUGAACUUCUGAAGCAGUUGCAAGCGUACACCACUUAUAUCACGGCAACGGUUGACUGCAUUAGCGACAUCAUGCACCAAUCUUCAACAUUAUAAUAUAAAUUCAUAUUUUUGUAUUGUUUUAUAUAUUUUAUCAUUAAAU